GGCAUCUAAAAUGGCGGGGUUUUCAUAUGUCUGUCUGUGCUCCACUGAUCUAUAAAAAAACUUACCUUUAAAGAUAAGUGGUGUGCUCUCAGUUCAAGGCGGGUUAGGACACUUGUGUUAAGAGUAAAUGGCGAGUAACAAGUCAGUACUGAAGUUUUGGAAGCCAGGAGGAGAUGCGCCUGGCUCAUCAGUUCACCUAGAGAGAUCAGAAGAAGGUGAUGGUGCAGGAACAUUUUUUCGAUAUAACCCAAAUAUAUCUUUGUCUAUUCAAAAGCAGAGGCAAGAGUUACCAGUUUUUAAGUAUAGAAAUCAUAUUCUUUACCUCAUUGAGAAGUUUCAAACAGUAGUUCUUGUUGGAGAGACAGGUUCUGGAAAGACUACACAGGUGCCACAGUAUCUACAUGAGGCAGGAUGGACAAAAGAUGGCAAAAUUGUUGGAGUCACUCAGCCAAGGCGUGUUGCUGCAACAAAAGUGACAGAAAGAGUUGCUGAGGAAAUGGGUGUCUUUGUUGGAGAGGACGUUGGCUACGCUAUUAGGUUUGAUAAUUGCACAGAUCCAGAUCGUACAAGAAUAAAGUUCAUGACAGAUGGUUAUUUGUUGAGAGAGAUGAUGUCUGAUCCACUUUUAUCAAAAUAUAGCGUUAUUAUACUUGAUGAGGCCCAUGAACGGACACUGUACACUGAUAUAAUCUCCGGCCUACUCAAAAAGAUAAUGAAAAAGCGUGAAGAUCUUCGUUUGAUCGUUUCAUCUGCGACAUUAGAUGCGCAGGAGUUUCAUAAUUUCUUCAAUUUCAACCACAGUAAACACGAUUCUAGUAAAGAUUCAUCAGUAAUCAUGACUGUUGAAGGAAGGAUGUUUCCUGUUGACAUUUUCUACAUCCAGAGUCCUGUUCCAGACUACCUAAAAGCAACAGUUGAAACAGUGCUAUCAAUUCACAAAGAUGAGCCAGUUGGUGACGUUUUAGCCUUUCUUACUGGGCAAGAUGAGGUUGAGCACGUUGUUUCACAGCUAAGGGAUGAAGCUGCAAAUGUCAAGUUAGGAAACAUGAAAUUGAUGGUUCUUCCUAUGUAUGGAGGACUUCCCAUUGCAGAACAGCUUAAAGUCUUUCAGCGGACCCCACAUAAUACACGAAAGGUUGUCGUUGCCACAAAUAUUGCAGAGGCGUCAAUCACAAUCAAUGGCAUCGUAUAUGUUGUAGACUCUGGAUUCGUCAAGCUGAAAGCCUACAACGCCACUUCAGGAAUCGAGUCUCUGGUAGUUGUUCCAUUAUCCAAGGCAUCAGCUGAGCAAAGAGCUGGAAGAGCUGGCAGGGUUAGAGCAGGCAAAGCAUACAGACUUUACACAGAGGACAGCUACUUGGAUCUUGAAAAACGUACAUGUCCCGAAAUGCAAAGAUCUGAUCUUGCUCCUGUCAUCAUUCAAUUGAAAAGUCUUGGAAUUUCAAAUGUAUUACGUUUCCCUUUUCUUUCGAGGCCACCUGCACAAUGUAUGGUUCGAGGGCUGGAACUUUUGUACGCACUUGGAGCUGUUAACGAAAGUGGAGACCUAACAGACCCUCUUGGACUUCGCAUGGCGGAGCUUCCUGUUGGUCCAAUGUUUGCCAAGAUGCUACUUAAUUCAGGAGAGUUUGGCUGUUCAGAAGAAGCCCUUCAAAUAGCUGCGAUGCUUCAGCUCGAAAAUAUCUUUAUUAUUCCACAUAACAAAAGGAAAGCCGCUGAUCAUGCGAAAUUGAAGUUUUCUGUUCACGAAGGAGAUCAUUUAACAUUACUAAAUGUUUAUCGAGCAUUUGUUAAGUAUAACAAGAAUUCUAAAUGGUGUCAUGAAAACUUCCUUAACUUUAAAGCUUUAAGCCAUGCAGUAAGAAUUAAAGGGCAGCUUGAGGCAAUCAUGAAGCGGUAUAAAGUCCCAGUAGUUUCUUGCGAAGGAGAUGACGAAAAAAUCAGAAAAUGUAUUUUAUCAGGAUUUUUUGCAAAUGUGGCAAAAUAUCAUCCAGCUGGCGAAUAUAGGACGGUAAGAGACGAUCACUCACUGCAUCUUCACCCUCAGAGCGUCCUAUCGACUGAGACACCUCCUCAGUGGGUGGUUUUUAACCAGGUUCUUUUGACAGGUAAAGAAUAUAUGAGAGAUGUAACAGUUAUUGAUCCUGAUUGGUUGCUCGAGCUGGCACCCCAUUAUUACGAGUAUGGGACGGAGCGGUCAGUGAUGAGCAAACGAGCACGCCUGGAGACGUAAUCAAUGCACAGGGCAGCAAUCAUGCAUGUAUCCAGUCAAAACGAUCCAAUACGAUGGGCAACAGAUGAGCUCACAAUUAAAGGAGAGAUUGUCUUGGUUAUUGCUAGCGCUUUUAAAGCUGAUCGCACUUUAUGCCUGUUCAAACAAAUAGAAGCGGCCUUGAGAUGGAUUGUGCGUAACCUCGCGUCCUUUUAACGCUUCUGCAUGAAGAAGCUGCAGAGAAAAUUUCCAGAUGGUUCGAACCUCAAAGAGCAAUCCUUAUUUGAGGCAUGCGAUGGGCUUACAACAAUACUGGAUAUCUACAACUGAGUGACAAUAUCUCUGUAGAUACCCUGAAAGGGGCUAUAUUUAUACCGCCCCCCCCCCUUACCCUAGGUGUUUUCUGUCUUUAUGACAGAACACUUAUGGCUUCUAAUCGUUUCUUAAUUAGCCACUAAUCUGCAUAGGGAAAGAUUCUUGUAAAAGUUCUUGUUAUUUAACUCCCAUAAAUUUAUUAGGUAAGUUUUUUUGCUUUCAUAUUAUGUAAUACUUAUGCCAGCCGUAAAUUUCGUAACAAGAUAAAACGAUUCCUAGAUGUUGAAUGGUUGUUCACUGCAUCUCGCACAUGUUCACUGCAUAGUGUUAAGAUAACUAUUCAAAAGAGCUCUUUGUAUAGUUAAUGCAGUUGCAGCUUUGUUGAACUAAGUUGAUGGAGUUAACAAAUAUUAGUUUGUUACUGUCAAAUAUCGUAUUUUCUGUAGCUUUUUAGUCGUCUUCAUAUUACAUAUUACGGCUUCAGUUGUCUACAGAGUUCAUUUGAUCAGCAAACAACGUUCAGUGUAAGGUUACAUUACGUUCUUGCGUUACAUUCAUGACUGGAGACCACUUUUGUGAAGUUUUUGUACAGACAGUUCCUUCCUUUGAAAAUUUUUGAGAUGUUUA